AGGGAACGUAACUCUGCUUUAUUAGAUUCUGGAGCCAUGAGUGGGUGUCCAUUUUGGGGGAACAAAUACCAAUUCAAUUUUAAUAAGCUCUCUUUGGAAGAUGAGGGACAAGACAAGUCGCAAGACGGGCUGAACAAAGCCAGCAAAGGUGGGCUUAUCUAUGGAGACUAUCUACAACUGGACAAAAUAUUGAAUGCCCAAGAGCUUCAGAGUGAAAAAAAAGGAAAUAAAAUCCAUGAUGAGCAUCUUUUUAUUGUGACCCAUCAAGCUUAUGAGCUUUGGUUUAAGCAGAUUCUAUGGGAAUUGGACUCCGUUCGAGUGAUCUUUCAAAAUGGCAAGAUGAAAGAUGAGAGGAACAUGCUCAAGGUUGUUACGCGAAUGCAGAGGAUUUCAAUGAUCCUUAAGCUACUUGUGGAACAAUUUUCAGUUCUGGAAACAAUGACUGCCUUGGACUUCUUUGAUUUCAGAGAUUACUUGAGCCCAGCAUCAGGUUUUCAGAGCUUACAGUUUCGAUUAUUAGAGAAUAAGAUUGGUGUCCCCCAAAGUCUGAGAGUCCCUUAUAACAGAAGACAUUAUCGUGAUAACUUCAAGGGACAAGAUUAUGAACUCUUGCUUAAAUCAGAACAGGAAUCAACUCUUCUGCAACUAGUAGAGUCAUGGCUGGAAAGAACACCAGGACUUGAGCAAGAAGAAUUUGAUUUCUGGGGAAAAUUUCAAAAGAAUGUUUUAGAAGGUCUAGAAGAAGAAUUUGUAAUGAUCCAGACCAAACCAGAGUCAGAAGAAAAAGAAGACCUGCUGGCUGAACUUCAAAAGCAAAAAGAUGUACUGCUUUCAUUAUUUGAUGAAAAGCGCCAUGAACAUCUUCUUAGUAAAGGAGAAAGAAGACUGUCAUACAAAGCACUGAAGGGAGCUUUAAUGAUUUACUUCUACAGAGAGGAGCCUCGCUUCCAGGUUCCCUUUCAACUUCUAACUUCUCUUAUGGAUAUGGAUAUACUCAUGACAAAGUGGAGAUAUAACCAUGUCUGCAUGGUGCACAGAAUGAUUGGCAGCAAAGCUGGUACAGGGGGAUCAUCAGGCUACCAGUAUUUGCGUUCAACAGUGAGUGACAGGUACAAAGUGUUUGUGGAUCUGUUCAACCUUUCAACAUUUUUGGUGCCAAGACACUGGAUACCAAAGAUGAACCCAACCAUUCAUAAAUUCCUUUACACAGCAGAGUAUUGUGACAGCUCUUACUUUAGCAGUGAUGAUUCAGAUUAAAAACAACUCUACCCAAGUGAUCCACUUUGAACUGUAAUGUGACCUGAUUCUGACUCUCCAUGAUGUCCUUUGAAAUAUAAUAAAUAUUAUAAGGCAUGUAUAUAUAUUUAUAAACAGCAGGCUAAAAGCAUUUUAAGAAUGUGAUGAAAUUCUAGAUACAUUAUGAAUAAUGUGAUUUACAGGUAUUGCAAACUAAAUGUUUACGUUCUUUUUAAAAUAGUGCAAAAAUAGAGAGAGAAGGCAGUUGAAACGAACAGAAUAUACAGAGAUUAAAAUGUCACUUUAAGUUAAAAACACAGGAAGUGCGUCUACACAAGAUAGUUUAGUGCGCAGUAAAGUGUAUUUACUUGGUUCAUAUUUAUAGCUGCAUUUCUAUUAGCUUGUGUAAUGGAAGUGGACUAAUCACUUUCCAUUCUUUUAGCUUAUUUCUAGUCAACUGCUGUCAAGUCCUUAAGCAUAGUGUUGCUAGGGGAUACUUAUUUACUUUAAAAUUGUCCCUACUUGGAAUAUUUUUUUAAAUGUUAUUUUUACUGGGCAUAGGUUUUUUAGAAGGUAACUUUAGAAAAAUCCAAAGACAGAGCCAGCCAAAUUGAACCUGAUAAUUUCCCUGAAUAUUUUAUCUGAGAAGGGGAAAAAUAUUUUGGAAUCCUGUGUGCCUUAGCAACACAUACAAAUGUAAUUAUAAAAAAGUAACAUCUUUUUAGACAGAACUAUCUACUAGUCUGUUAUACUUGAUCUUUGUAACCUAUAAACAAAGCACUUCAUUUUCUACUUCAAAUAAAA